AUGCCUGAUCUCAAGGACCCAGUGACCGACCAAGUCUGCAGUGCCCCCCAAGACAAGCAACUCGACGACGAGGAGAUUCACGAGCUAAUCUCCGGUAUCCCUCGCGGAAAGGCCGAAGGACCGGACGGCAUUGCUGGGGAGGCUCUCAAGAUGCUGCAUGUUUCAAGAGAUAAGAAAGAAACCGAGAGUGAGCAGGAAAGCAUCAUCGCCCCGAUUCUUGAACACAUCAUCAACGCUUGUUUUCGCUUAUCGCAUCAUCCAGCGCAGUUCAAACGAUCCAGGACUGUCAUAGUCGAAAAGGCGGACAAGCCAACGUACGAAACACCCAAGAGCUGGCGUCCUCUCGCCUUGUUAUCUUGCAUGGGCAAGGUUGUAGAGAAGGCCAUGUCGAAUCGCUUGACGACACUCUCCCUUGAGCACCGCCUAGUCCCUUACAAUCAGUUUGGAUUUGCACGACGGUCUACGACAAAAGCGCUCGAGUUGAUUCUGAAUCGCGUCUACCGAUGCUGGAACGCCAGCCCGCGCAUGUUUGCAACGCUCAUGACCAUUGACAUGACUGGUGCCUUCGAUCAUGUCGAUCGAGAGAUUCUCCUGAACAUCCUGGUUCGGAAAGGUGUCCCUGACUGGAUGGUUCUGUACAUCUCUUCGUUUCUCUCUGAUCGACGCGUUGCCCUGUCGAUUCCAGGAUACACAUCAGAGGAGUUCUGGGUCAACAUUGGCAUUCCCCAGGGCAGUCCUCUUUCGCCUGUCCUCUUCGCCUUGUUCUCCUCUCUCAUACUGGACGAACUCAACAAGAUCUGGCCGUCGAGUCCAUUCUUCCAAGCCAUGUCGUACGUUGACGACACUUGCAUGGUGGUCACGUCACCCUCCUACGAGGAAAACUGCAGAAUCUUGACAACGGCCUUUACCGACCUGAUUGCCGCUACCGCGCCGCAUGGCAUUGCCUUUGGCCCUUCCAAGACACACAUCAUGCAUUUUCAGAACCCGCACAGGGAGACUCGGGGGGCCAACUCGAGGACUGCCGACGAACCUGAGCCACCCAGAAUCAUACCAUUGGCAGAUCUACCAGACGUCGGUGUGGAAGGGGCAAAGAAGGAGGAGGUGAUCAAGCUUCUUGGGGUUUACUUGGACCAAUCUUUGACAUGGGCCACGCACGUAAAGAAGGUUACCGAGAAGAUGGAAGCCAAGAUGCGCACCAUCUAUCGUAUUUCCGGCUCGACAUGGGGGCCCUCUCUCGCCAGCAUCAGACGCCUGUACACCACAUGUGUCCGCCCGAUCGCCGCAUACGCCGCUCCCGUGUGGUUCCUUUAUCGAGACAACGAACGCAGGGUCCGCUGGCAAAUCAGCGUCAAUCUGGUCACGAAGCUCGACAAGGCACAGGCGGCGUGUCUCCGACAGGUUGCCGGCGCUUACCAGACCACAGCGAACGCGGUCGUCCACCAGGAACUUGAUGUCCCGCCGCUUUCUCUAUUCCUUGAGAAGCUCGGUCAGAAACACCGCACUCGCAAUCUUGACACCCCGGAAUACGGUUCUCUCAAUACCGUGUGGGGAACCGAGAACAUGCCGAAGACCCAGAGCGCGGCGAACAACGUAGCACACCCAUACCGCAUCCUCUACGAAGUCACGGCCGCUUCAAUGCAUUUCGCGGCCCGGAAGCAACUCAUCGAACUCAACGAGGAGCGGGCUGGGAAAAAAGACGAGCGGGGUUUUCCGCUACCGAUGUUACGUUGGCGGAACUUGCUUGACCGACAGCAAGUGCGGAACAAAGUCAUCGACGACAAACUUCAGGAGGCAUGCGCGCGGUACUGGCAGAACUACCUCGACGAUCGCCAAGACCGAAGGGAGGAGCAGACCGACCCAAACUCUCGCAUCGCCAACCACCGUCCUCUCUCCCUCUCGGAAGAAUGGGGCCCGGCCAGCUUGAACUACUAUGCCAAGCUCACGCGUGCUGAGAGCACCAUGUUAUUCCACUGUAGGACCGGUGUCGUGGGACUCAAGUCCUACCUCUUCUCCAUCCAUGUUCGCGACAUCGUCGACGACCUCUGCCCGUGCAAGCAAGGCAAGCACACCGUCGAGCAUGUCUUCAUCCAUUGUCCUGCUUUGUUGGCUGAGCGGACACUGCUCUAUGAGCAAGUCGGUCACCAUGAUUUGAAGAGGUUGCUCACGCGUGAUUCCAAGGCCGCUGCCGCGUGGGCCAUCAGCUACCUAUCCAUUGAACAGUUUGGCUGGUCUGGGAGGCAAACACCCGACAAAAUCUUCCAAAAGAGUAAUGGGGUGUCUGGUGCCUCUGCCUCGACUGGGACGGGGGAGACUGGGACGGGGGAGACUGGGACGGGGGAGACCGGGACGGGGGAGACCGGGGGAGGACAGCCUUUGGUGGAACCGGAGGUCAUGGUUGGCGUGGUCCUCGGGCACGACAAUGCAUUUGUCCACCCAUCGUGA